UCUAUAACACAGACAAAGAACUAGAAAAAGUACAUCGAGUAACGACCGUUACGAUAGAGCGAUACAUCUGCAACUGGCUCUAUUGUCUUUGCUACCAGGCCAACAACAGUAGCUGACAGGAGUGACAGUUUCGUAUAAAAGAAGGAAAGAAAAUAAACAGUUUGUUAUUUUGUCCAUGAGAUAUAAUAAACAUUUUAGCGUUUCAAUGUUAGAAUUGAUCACUUUUGAUCUAUGAUUGCAUUCGAUUAAACAAAAUUCCACUGCUGGUGUGAGAUGGCGAUUAUUAGCAACAAUGUUGACCAAUGCAGCUUUUGCCCAAAUAUGUGCAAUGAGGAAUUUCAUCACGUGCUAGUCCCUUCUCUCAAUCAAGAGCAGAAAUUGAAAGCUAUCCUCCAAAAAAUAAGCAAUUUCAGUUCUCAGUUAAGCUCUUAUCCUACGUGUGACAAAUGUCGACAAGAAUUCAUAAACAACCACAAUAUUCCCGAGAGUUGCUUCCAAAUUUUGUCCAGUGCCGAACCAAAUGACAUCAAGAUGGAACCAGAGUUAAUGAUUAAUGAUCACGAACUGUCGAAUAGCGAUAACAUUUUUGAUACAGACCCAAUGGAACAGGAAGUCGAAAUGCCAAUCAUCGGAAAAAACGGAGAGGUAUUCUUCAUAAGCGAAAUGGAUGGAGAAGGCGACAAUAUAUCACCGAUUCCAGUUGCUAGAACGGAUACACAAGGAAAAAAAACGAUAGAAUGUGAAAAAUGUGAAAGAACAUUUCGAUCACAACACGGCCUCACAUUGCAUCUUCGAACUCAUACGGAUCAACCUCGUUAUGCUUGUCCACAUUGUCUAAAAGCGUUCAAGAAUACUCAUUCUCUUCAAAGUCACAUUCGAGUUCAUACAGGUGAACGUCCUUAUUCUUGUCUGCAGUGUCCGAAAGCGUUCAAGAAUUCUUGGGCGCUUAAAAAUCACAUUCGUGUUCAUACAGGUGAACGUCCUUUUUCUUGUCCACGUUGUCCGAAAACAUUUACGACUCGUACGGCGGUCCAACAACACAUUCGAGUUCAUACAGGUGAUCGUCCCUUUUCUUGUUCACAUUGUCCGAAAGCGUUUAAAAGUUUUGGAGGACACCGAAACCACACUCGAACUCAUACAGACGAACGUCCCUAUUCUUGUCCACAUUGUCCGAAGACGUUUACUCAACGUUCAGCGCACAAACAACACAUUCGAAUUCAUACGGGUGAACGUCCCUAUUCUUGUCCACGUUGUUCGAAGACGUUUGUGCAUUCUGCAUCACUCAGACACCACCUUCGAGUUCAUACGGAUGAACGCCCCCAUUCUUGCCCACAUUGUCCGAAAGCUUUUAAGGACGGUACAACUCUCAAAUGGCACAUUCGAACUCAUACGGGUGAACGUCCCUUUCCAUGUCCGCAUUGCCACAAAGCAUUCACGAUAUCUACAGUCCUUACAAAACACCUGAAAGCACAUUGUAGUGGUAGAGGCGACUCGAGGCCGAAAUCACUGGUGACCGUAAAGGAGGAGAUGUUGGAUGCUGAUGAAUCCCUUUUUCGUUGAAUGCGGUUCUAAAAUAAAGUCCACUGGAGAAAUG